AUGGCUCAAAGAGUUCAACAAAUUGUGAGUCACUUUUCAAGUCACCAUAACCCCGCUGUUGCUAGGGUUGGUCAUAAAAGCCCUGAAGAUGUUGUUAUAGUUGUUGCAGUUCGUACUCCCAUGACAAAAUCAAAAAAAGGUGGCUUCAAGGAUACCCUUCCUGAAGAACUCUUAGCUGCAGUUUUUAAGGCUGUUCUCGACAAAACAAGAAUUGACCCAAAACUUAUUCAAGAUAUUUCUGUUGGUAAUGUACUUCCUCCUGGUGGAGGUGCAACAGUUGCUCGCGCUGCCGCCUUGUACGCUGGUAUUCCCGAUACUGCUGCUUUGAAUACUGUUAAUAGACAAUGUUCUUCCGGUUUGCAAGCAGUUACACAAAUUGCUCAUGAAAUUGCUUUAGAUCAAAUUGAAAUUGGAAUUGGUGCCGGUGUUGAAAGUAUGACCUUUGGAUUUGGUGCUGGUGCAAUGCCUAGUGAAACAUCUGAAAAGGUCUUUUCAAACCAACAAUCAGCCGAUUGUCUAUUACCUAUGGGAAUUACCUCUGAGAAUGUUGCAAAGGAUUUUGGCGUUACUCGUGCCAUGCAGGAUGCAUUUGCAGUUCAAUCUCAUCAAAAAGCUGCUGCAGCCCAAGCUGCAGGACUUUUCAAUGAAGAAAUCAUUCCAGUGGAGGCUAAAUGGAUUGAUCCUAAAACUCAAGAAGAAAAAACUAUCGUUGUUUCUGCAGAUGAUGGUAUUCGUAAAGAAACUACACUUGAAGGUUUGGCUAAAUUAAAGCCCGCUUUUGCAAAGGAUGGUGUGACGACUGCUGGCACAUCGUCACAAGUUUCAGAUGGUGCAGCAGCAGUUUUACUUAUGAAACGAAAGACAGCCGAAAAACUUGGUUUACCAAUUCUUGGUAAAUUUAUUCGUUCCGCGGUUGUUGGUGUUCCACCUCGUAUCAUGGGUAUUGGUCCGGCCUAUGCCAUUCCUGAGGUACUUAAACGAACUGGAUUAGGAAUCAAUGAUAUCGAUAUUUACGAAAUUAAUGAAGCAUUCGCUUCUCAAGCUAUUUAUUGUAUUGAAAAAUUGGGUAUUGACAAGAGAAAGGUUAAUCCAAAAGGGGGUGCCAUUGCUAUUGGACAUCCCCUUGGGUGUACAGGUGCUCGUCAAGUUUCUACACUUUUAUACGAAUUAAGAAGAACAAAAAAGAAGCUUGGUGUAAUUUCCAUGUGUGUUGGUUCUGGUAUGGGUAUGGCAGCAGUAUUUGAAGCAGAGUGGUAA